AGGAAAUCAAAAUGUUAGGCAAGCAAAGAUAUGUACGUCUUAUGAAAGUUAAGGGCACACUUUACCACAAAAUUGACCACAAAGAUAUGUACUCUAUUGCUCUCUAAGGCAUAGUGCAUAAGAAUAAGGCGCUAUACAGUAGACCAUAGUGCCUAAGCAUCAAGCGCUAUACACACACAAUAGACCAUAGGUGGGACCCGGCCUAGCCCGGGGUGCCAUGCUGGUCAGAAGUGUAGGCGCUACUCAGUGGAGUGUAGCAUCAACGCGUCAGGCGCUACAUGAAAGGGUCGGUCUGGUGACAUACUUUCGCCCACAAUUGUGAAUUAGUUACGCCUCAAGGUUAUUUUGUCCAUUUUGCCGAGUCUCCUAGACAGUCGUUGGCCACCACGGCUGCACGUUAGCCAUGGUCACCUUCGCUGUGACCACGUUCUGGAUGAACAAUGUGUCCGAGAUCGUCACGACCUGCUCUUCCAAGCGAGGAGGAUGUCGCGCCACGUGCCGUGUGCCGCGAGGUAAGUGUAGUAUAGAAUACAAUGUUUUCUUGAAAUACUAAAAAAAUGUUUUCUAGAAUACCAAGGUUGCGUAGUGACAUCUCAAGAAGAAAAAUACCAAGACUUUAUUCUUGACUCUGAUUGGACCUCGGAUUUGGUUCACUGUGAUAACUAGGCCAGGAAAUCAAUAAUAAGCCUUUCUAGAAACAGAUACUGACAGAGGCCUUGCCGAUGGCGAUCUUUUCCAUUGACUAUGACUAUUCCAAGUCUUCUUCCCUUCGAUACUGAAAGGCUUAGUAAGAGGAUAUGAACUCACAUACUGUGUUAUAUUGUCUUGGUGAGAUUGCAGGAAACCAGGCACCAUCUUUAGCCAUGACAACGCCCAAUAGCAUGAUCCUGAGCCUUUCCUUCCUAGUAGCUUCUGCAGGCCUUGCCAUCCAAGGCAGAACCUGCAGUUGCCUGCAAUUUAACUACCCCAGCUUCGACAUGACCAACAAGAAUGAUUUCAGCUUCAGCCCAGGUUCAGCAAUUGCAAAUGGUUCCGUGAGAAUCGUGCCGAACACCGGAAACUCGGGCCACCAGUCGGGAAGGGUGGUAUACGUAAAGGAAACCCUCAAGCUGUGGAACAGGAAGCGAGCUGUGCUCACAUCUUUCAGGACGCAGUUCACGCUCAACAUCCUCCCAGGAGAAGGUAUGGCUUUCAUACUCACAAAUAGCCCGUCGUUGCCCAGGAACAGCGGCGGCCAGUGGCUCGGCGUAUGCAACAACCAGACAGAUGGCACGCCAACGAACCGGAUAGUAGCCGUGGAAUUCGACACAAGAAAGAGCUACCAGGACGACCUCGACGGCAACCAUGUCGGGCUCGACUUGAACAGCAUCAAAUCUGUUUAUACGUACCCGCUCAGCAAUCUUUCAAUCAUCCUGUCAAGCGGCUCGGAUGUCUUGGUCAGUAUCAUCUACAACAGCACAUCACAUGCUUUUGUAUUAUCUGUAAUCCAGCGCAACACAAGUGGCAGUGGGGGGCAUAAUUGGCGAGAGAGCUGGCCUGUUGAUCUAUCACGGUACCUACUGGACGAAAUAUAUCUGGGAUUCGCAGGUUCCAUGGGUGAUUACACCAACCUGAACCAGAUAAAAUCGUGGAACUUCACCAUGAUAGACGACAUACUGGUCGCUGAAAGAACAAGACAUGGGAAGCGGGUGUUUUUGGCUCUCAUUGCCUUGGUUUUGCUUGUUACAUGUUCAUCGUUUCUUGUGCUGUUAGUGCGGAGAAGGGUGACACAGCAGAGAAGGCUAGCCUACUGCACACUCGAGAAAAUGAUCGACGCACAUGGUCCGGUUAGAUUUAAGCUCAAGGAGUUGAAGCGCGCGACUGCCAACUUCAGCCCUCACCGUAAGCUCGGUAGAGGCGGCGGCGGCACUGUUUACCUUGGAUACCUAAAUGGGAUCAACAGAGAGGUGGCUGUGAAGCGGGUCUCACUCUCAAGCCGAGGAGAGAAGGAGUUCGUGGCGGAGGUGAACACGAUCAGCAAGCUCUCCCACCGCAACCUUGUCAAGCUGAUCGGCUGGUGCCACGAGGGAGGCGAGCUACUCCUCGCCUAUGACUACUUCCCGAUGGGCAGCUUGGACAAGCUCUUGUUCGCCAAUGCCACGACGACCAUGUCCUCGUCAUCGGCGCUCACAUGGGAGCGGCGAUACAGGAUAAUCUGUGGCGUGGCAUCUGCACUCGACUACCUUCACCACGGGAGCAGCAAGAGGAUCCUCCACAGGGACGUCAAGCCCAGCAACGUGAUGCUCGACGCGGCAUACAACGCGCGGCUGGGCGACUUCGGCCUCGCCCGUGCCAUCCAGCUCGACGGAGCGACACACCACUCGACGCAGGCGGUUGCGGGCACUCGGGGCUACAUGGCGCACGAAAGCUUCUUCACAGGUCGUGCCAGCCUUGACACGGACGUGUACGCCUUCGGCGUCUUUGUCAUGGAGGUUGUCAGCGGGAAGAGCCCAAGCAGGUCCAUGCUAUAUGACACACAAGAAAUGUACAUUGUGGAUUGGGUCUGGAGGCAUUACAGCCAGGGGAAAGUCAUGGAGACAGCCGACGCGGUGCUUGAAGGAGUGUACGACGAGACGCAGGUGGAUUCUGUGGUGAGGCUGGCCUUGGCUUGCUGCCACCCGAACCCGAGGGAUCGGCCGUCCAUGCGGACGGCGGUGCAGGUGCUAAUCGGUGGGGUGCCUGCCCCGAUUCCCCCAUUUGAGAGGCCUGCCUUUGUUUGGCCACUGUCAGGCAUGCAGCAGGAGGUGGAGCUGCCGCAGGUUGGUGUGCUCUUCACGGGAGGACAGCUCAUCACCUCCACUUCCCUCACAGGAAGGUGAGUAUCUCAAUAGCUGGUGCACUUGUACCGCUGACUGUCUCAGUUCAGGCCUUCAGGGUAUAGGAAUUCAGGGGUCAAUGUUCAAAAUAAAAAACAUAGACGAGGUCUUCUGGGCCUAGGCCCGACAGCUCCGCCUAAAUGUACUGUCAGAUUCAUGCUAGUUUAUACAGGGUCAGCAGUCUGGUUAGUUGAUAUGUGAUGCAGUCAUGCAGAAUGUUAUUGAACACUAUUACUCUUA